GGAAGCGGCUGGGCUGGGAGUUGUCCCGGUCCCCGCUGUGUUCUGUGCUCUGUGCAGCCUUCUUCCCGGGGUCCCCCCGCACCGAGGCCGGGCGCCUUCCGUGAGUCCUGCCCUGAGCGAGACCUCCGGCUCCGGCCGACCGUCUCCGAGCUGCCAUGUCCUCCGACUUCGAAGGCUACGAGCAGGACUUCGCAGUGCUCACGGCUGAGAUCACCGGCAAGAUUUCCAGGGUCCCUCGGCUCCCUCCCGAUGAGAAGAAGCAGAUGGUUGCCAACGUGGAGAAGCAACUUGAAGAGGCCAGAGAACUGCUUGAACAGAUGGAUUUGGAAGUCCGAGAAAUUCCACCUCAAAGUCGAGGAAUGUACAGCAACAGGAUGAGAAGCUACAAGCAAGAAAUGGGCAAGCUGGAAACAGACUUUAAAAGGUCACGGAUCGCCUACAGUGACGAAGUGCGGAAUGAGCUCCUAGGGGAUGAUGGGAAUUCCUCGGAGAACCAGUUGAUAAAAUUACGUGAAGAGAGGGCACAUCUGCUGGAUAACACGGAGAGGCUGGAAAGGUCAUCGCGGAGACUAGAGGCUGGAUACCAGAUAGCAGUGGAGACCGAGCAAAUCGGCCAAGAGAUGUUAGAAAACCUUAGUCAUGACAGAGAAAAGAUACAGCGAGCACGUGAACGGCUUCGGGAGACAGAUGCAAACUUGGGGAAAAGCUCCAGGAUCCUGACGGGGAUGUUGCGAAGGUAAGAGCCAGAAUCAUCCAGAACCGCAUCCUGCUCGUCAUCCUGGGGAUCAUCGUGGUCAUCACCAUCCUGACAGCCAUCACUUUUUUUGUCAAAGGACACUGAUGCAUCUGCUCUCCCUUGAUAAACAGUGAUCUUGUCUUGUCCUGAGUAAUUAAGACAAAAUGGUCACAUGAAUCAUUCUCAUGUGCUGACAGGCCCCGGGUGGCCCUCUGUCUCUCCCUCACCACUCUUCAGCUGGGGUGUGGAGAGUGUAAAAAUAUCUCUGUUCCUGUCUGCAUGUGGGUUGGUUUCCUUUGGAGGUUGGUCUUUGCCCAGAUUUGUUGUUUUUGUAGGUGAAGGUGAAUGCUUAUUUGCCUUUAGGUAACUUCAUCUGCUGUCCAAAAUAGCUUUGCUAACAUUCUUCCUUGCCUCGUGGACAUGCCUGGGGUCAUGGUUUGAGAGAGGACACGAUGACUCGGUCCCAGAAACUUCUGUGUGUCACGUACCUUCUUUACCAGAAAGGUUUCCUGUGAUGUCCGAGGAUAAAAUGCCAGAACAGUCAGGGGCCAGCACCAGUGAGCAGUUCCAGAGAUCAGCCACGCCCUUCCCAGCAUUCGAAUCCAGCCAUGCUGCCCAGGCAACUUUCUUGCAAAGGAGAGGAUUCACUGUCACUUGUACAGGAAAUUGACUUGGCACUUUCCCUGGUAUGAAAUAUUUACUCACCUUCCCCAAAUGCCAUACUCCCCAGAAUUGGCCCGCAGUGUGAGAAUCAGCACAGUAUUUGUGACCUCAUUCUCCCCGACCCGUGUAAGCAUUUCUGUAUCUUCCCGGUUCCAAUAUGAGCUCAGUCAGCAGAAGCCCUAAGGUCUGAGAGUGUUGUCUCCACACCCCUUCCAGCAUGAGUAUUUCAGACAGCAUGAGCAGGACUCCUGUGCUGGUGGGAAGUUUUCGAAGGGGACAGUCCUACGGGACAGCCCACCAGAAAAAAAAAAACCUUGGUGGGAAGUGUCCACCGACCUCCUUCCAAAGAAUGAAGGGUUGCAGAAGUGCUACAAAACAGCUCCCUGGGCUCCCCUGACAGCUGUGGCAAAGCCUGCCUCGGCACUCUGUGCAUCCAAACCUCGACCACGCCGUUUUGAUUUUCUUCCUUUCUUUCUGUCUGAUUUUCUUUCUGUCUGAAGUAACCAGGAAUUGUGUUCAAAAUGAAUUCAUUUGUGAUCAGGCUUAAAAGUUGCCCAAGAUGAGGUCAUUUCCCCUCUAGUCAUGAAGCGAAAUGUGUUUUUCUUAAGACCUCAUAGGCACUUUUUACAAGUCUGUACUAUCUUUUUUAAUAUAACUGGAAGCUUUGAAUUCUUGAAAGCAAACCUAUUCUCCUCAUAAAAAAUGCUAACCACCUGUGCUCAUGGAGCAAGAUCAUGCUGUACUUGAUCCCCCACCACACAUGUAUGCAUACACUUUUGUGCACGAGUACACACACGCACGCACACACACUCCGAAGAGAACCACUAUAGAGUAGACAGGAAAUGCAAAAUCCACCAGAGAAAUUGUACUCGUGGAAUCAGGCCAGUGCCUGUAUGUGUUCAGAUAAAUCAUUUAUUAUUGUGCAAAUAAAGGUGUAGUCUCUGUGUCGGAAGGGCGGGAUUUGGGCCGACCAAAGUGGGACAGCAGAGGAGAGGGACCGGAAACCUCGCUGAGUCUUUGACCAGCUUAGCAAGAGCCUUUAACUGUGAUAACCGAGUCCUGGGCAUCCUAAUGUAUGAAAGAAACUAUUCAAACGCAAGGAGACAACCACCAGCGUCUGCCAACACCUCUGGUGGCCUCCUUGGAGAUGGGGGUCCUCCGCUAAGGGUAUGCCAAGUCCUAAACUGUCCCACCUUGCGUCCGUCAUCCACUCCUGCCCAAGGCCACCUGGCAAGCAGGGUGGAGCUGAGCACCGACACUUGGCGGCCCCUAAGUAGCUCGCUGAAACCUGCAUUCACCCAGGAGCAAAUGAAUGAGAAGGAAGGAGAAGGAAGGAGGCCUUUGCUGCCGGCCCUCAAUGGCUUUUCCCUGCAGAGCUCUUUUGGCCAGUGAUUUGGGGAGUGGAAAUCUGUGAACGCCUAACCCUUGGACACAGCAACUCCAUCCCCUCCUGUAGAGAGUGGCCACCUAGAAAGUCCCCUGACCACUUUCCGUCCUUCUGGUGCCAUGGGAGGAACACAGAGAGGUCUGGGGCUGGGGCAACACCCUCCCCCCCACCCCGCCCAACUAGGGAAGGAAGAGGGUACGCAAACCCGAGGCAGGUGUCUCUGUGUUCACAGUUCUAGGUUCAUAUUGUGUAGGCUUCAGUUGUUGACUGUUUCUGAAGUUUGGGAGCCUUUGUUUAAGAGUGUGUGGGAGGUAGGGGGAGAUGAAAUGACAGCGUGGAGGAGGAUGAGGAGGAGGAGGAGGAAGCCCUCGCCAUAUAAAAUUCAUGCAGACUAAACAGUUUCUGGAACAGCAUAAAUAAAGCGGAUGCAACCCCACUUCAGAAUCAAAAGCAAUCUAAUUAAAGUCUCUUAAGUUGUAAAGAGUUUUAAAUGUCCUGCGUUGAAGGCGGAUGCCCGCAGAUGCAGUGGGCCUGACGUCAGCGGCCGGGCCUGGGCCUCGAGCGAGGCCAUUUGCUAUUCUGUUUCAGGCAGGCUGCGUUGUCUUAUUUUGGAACCAGCUUGGUGGGGGGUUUGCUUUGCUCCUGCUUCUGAGCCCUGAGCUUCAAAGGCUGAAAUUAAUGGUGAACAAAAUUGUGCGGCUCUGGCCGUCCCAUGCGGGGCAGGCCCAUUGAGGGUUAUCAUUAAGUAAAGAAAUAAAGAGGGGGGAAAAGCCUGCCUGCUCCAAAAACCUCAUCAGAUAAUGACCUCAGUGAUUGGGUUUUCCUUACCAAACAGCAUCCAGAGAUUAUCAACCCAUGGAAGGAGGGAGGAGGGACGGAAAGGAAGAGGCGAGCACAGCCUUUCUCCCUCUUUCGGUUUUUUUUUCCCCUGCACAUCUUUUCUUUAAAACUGUCAGAUCAUUUCAGUAUUUCAAAUCCGAGGAAAACAGCCUGCCUGCUGCUGUAUUUGAAGUUGUAAUGGUGUCAAAAAGUCACGACUGACUGACAGCCGUCAGUCCCAGAGGGGCUCAUUAAAUCAUAAAAACUUGACAAGGAAAUAAUUGCGCAUGGCCAGCGACUUGGCGCCUGUUUAGACGGAUUUAUUGUCUUUCAUUAUCAGUCCCCGCCAUUACGUUCAUUAACAAAUUGCAUUAAACAACUGUUAAGGGCUAA